UUGAUUGAGUCAUUGUCAUAUUGUACUAUUGUGACGUGAAAGAUUUAAUUGUGCUUCGAGAAACCUGUUUUGAGAAACCUGCCCGAUCGUCUUUCAUUUUCACUGAAAGUCAAGAGCUAUUGGCAAAGACGAAGAUUUCAACGAGUUACGGACGAGGCGAUAAAAUGACUAUGGAUGGGAGCAAGAGCGAACCGGGCAAGAACGGGGCCACUCAACAGGAAUGCGCGGGUUGUGGAAAGGCGAUUACGGAGAGAUAUCUUCUGAAAGCAUUGGACAUGUUUUGGCACGAAGACUGCUUGAAAUGUGGAUGUUGCGAUUGCAGACUUGGCGAAGUCGGUUCGACGCUCUACACCAAGGCCAAUCUUAUCCUCUGCAAAAGAGAUUAUUUACGACUCUUCGGAAAUACCGGUCACUGCGCAGCGUGCAGCAAAGUAAUUCCAGCUUUCGAGAUGGUGAUGCGCGCAAGGACCAAUGUUUACCACUUGGAGUGCUUCGCUUGUCAACAAUGCAAUCACAGGUACGUAAGAACACAAAUAUAA